AUGGGAAAAGCUAAUGUUAAUAGAUCAAUAAAACAGAGACACAAUCCUUUAUUGAGCGAGCUUGCGGCGCAACAUGGUAAUCUAAGAACCAAGUCCAAAGGCGAUGGUAGCAAAGAGCAGUACGGUGAAGAAGGCGAAGAUUAUAUUGAUGCUCAGUCUUCUAGGAAAAUUUUACAGUUAGCUCGUGAGCAACAGCAUGAGAUUGCGGAGGAAGAGAAUACGGGGUCGAAGGAGCCUGUUAACAGGUUCCGUGCUAAUGACUAUGGAUUACAUAGUGAUUCUGAAGAUGAAGAAGUUACAGGUCAAAAUAUCUCAGACUUUGAUAUUGAAGAAGAAGAGGAGGAAUUUGAGGAAGUGGUUGAAAUAGACCAGGAAGAUGCUGCUAUGUUUGAUCAGUAUUUUAAAAAGUCCUCGGACUUUAAUCCUAUGAAUGGUACAUACAUAUUAGCAGACAAGAUUAUGGCUGCAAUCAAGGAGAAGGAGCAAGAAUUGAUGGUGGAUAAACAAGCUAAAGAAGAACGCCUAGCUCCUGCUGAAGGUGUAGCUCUGCCAGAAAAGGUCAUCAGAGCAUACACUACUGUUGGUAUGAUUCUAAAAUCAUGGACACAUGGUAAGCUACCAAAGUUGUUUAAAAUUAUUCCUUCGUUGAAGAAUUGGGAAGAUGUCAUUUAUGUGACAAAACCUGAUGAAUGGUCUCCUCAUGUGGUUUAUGAAGCUACUAAGUUAUUCGUAUCUAACUUUUCAUCCAAGGGUGCUCAGAGAUUCAUUAACAUGAUUUUACUUGAGAGAUUCCGUGAGAACAUAGAAACCUCUGAAGAUCAUUCUUUGAAUUACCAUAUAUACCGUGCUUUGAAGAAGUCACUUUACAAGCCUGCUGCUUUUUUCAAGGGUUUUCUGUUUCCACUGGUGGAGACUGGUUGUAACAUUCGUGAGGCUACCAUCGCCGGUAGUGUAUUGACAAAGGUAUCUGUCCCAGCGUUGCAUUCAUCAGCUGCAUUAAGUUAUUUACUAAGAUUACCAUUUUCACCUGCUACUACAGUAUUUAUUAAAAUUUUACUGGAGAAGAAGUACGCAUUGCCUUACCAGACUGUAGAUGAAUGCGUGUUUUACUUCAUGAGAUUUAGAAUCUUAGACGAUAACAGUAAUAGUGAAGACAGCACUAGAGAGUUACCUUUAAUUUGGCAUAAGGCAUUCUUGUCUUUCGCUCAGCGGUACAAAAACGAUAUUACAGAGGAUCAAAGAGAUUUCUUACUGGAAACUGUGCGUCAAAGGGGACAUAGGGAUAUUGGCCCAGAGAUUAGAAGAGAGUUGUUGGCAGGUCAAACCAGAGAAUUCAGUAACCAAAACGACAAGAAGGAGGAUUUAAUGAUCGAUGUUCAGUGA